AUGAAGGGAUCGAAUAAAGGUGGAUUUCAAUGGCAAAAUUGGGAUCUUAAAACUGGUUAUAAAACAAUUCAAUGGCGAUCAACAGUUUCAGCACCAUUAUGUGGAUUUUGUAAUAAAACUGUUUUUCCAGCUGAAGAAGUUAUUGGUGCUGGACAAAAGUUUCACCAAUUGUGUCUUAAAUGCACUUUAUGCAACACAUUACUUAAUUCAAGUAAUCUAAAUGGACAUGAUAAAAAGAUUUAUUGUAUAUCUUGUUAUCGUCGUCAAUUUGGUCCACGAGCAAUUAGUUAUGGUUUAGGAACAACCAUAUCCACUAAUAUCGAUACACCACCAAAUAGUCCAAAUUUAAGUCACAUAGAAACAAAUGUUGAUAGUCAUCAUUAUCCACGUAUGACAUCAACAGAUUCAUCAACAUCUCAUACAUCAUCUGAUGAUGAUUCACGUCAUAGUAAUUCACAAAUUAAUAGUAUGAAAUAUGUUGAUUAUAUAACAAAACAACAUUCUUCAUUAGCAAAUUUAACAUCAUUAAAAACAUUAUCAAUCUCAGGAAAUAUUUGUCCACGAUGUUCAAAAAACGUUUAUUUAGCUGAAGGAAUUAAAGCUGCUGGCAAAUCAUUUCAUAAACGAUGUUAUACUUGUGCUCAUUGUAAAGGAAGUAUAAGUGGUGCUCGUUAUUGUGAACAUUAUGGAGAACUUUAUGACAACAAUUGUUAUCAACGUUUAUUUGGUCCAAAAGGAAUACUAUUAAUAGGAAAUAAAAACUCAUUAUGA